UCUCGAAACUCAAUCAGAGUAGGCGGCAGUACGCGCGCUCCACAGCAGAAGAACUGAGAGCACAAGACCAGCCAUGAUGCUCAGCCUGCAGCUGUGUGCGCUGGAGGAGAGCUGAGGAGCUGUGAUGAGCGCACAGUAGAAGUCUUCUCACUGAGGAUGGCAGGGAUGCUGCGCGCCGCAUCACUCUCUCUGGCUCCGUGAAACAGCGCACGGUGCCCUGGACGAGCCGUACAGCAGGACCUGUGUGUGUGUGUGUGUCUGCAGCUCAGUGGAAUGUAUUCAGAUCUCCCAAAGGUGCUGAUACUGGGGGCCAUCGCCGCCGCCUCUGCCUUUGUGGUCACCAUUCUUAUCGUCUUGGUGUGUGUGGGGUGUCAGAGAAAAAGCAAGAGCAAACAUGGCCACACCAACGGAGGGGCUCAGAAAAAGGAAACAGCUGCUCUGCGCCAGUCCAAGCUGAACUCGAUGAGUAAAUCUGACACCCGCCUGCAUGACAUGCACAGGCUGCGCUGCAAUGCAAACGGUGCCCCUAAGAGCCGGCCGGCCAGCAUGGACCUUCUGCUCCUGCAUACCCGCCGCUCCACUUCUGACCUCCGUCUCAGCCCAGGCCGCCAGCUGCCUCGUGCUCCCAACAAAAAUGAGAAUGAGGAACGUGAGCACACCUACUCUGAAGUUUGCCGCCGCUCCUCUCCCACAUCUCUCCCGCCAGAUGACGGCCUGUAUGAGAGUGUUGGGAUCAAAGGGGCAGGGCCUGAUAAAGCUGCCCCACCUGCUGCCCCUGCCCCGACGUCAACCAACACGCCCACUCAGCGCCGUGCCCACAGCCCGACGCUCAAUGGGAACGGCCGAGUUGGAAGCAGAGGAGGUGUGAACGGCGUGAGUCAAGACGAAGUGACGGCAGAGUACGCCUCCAUACGGAAGGUGAAGAAGCUGGAGCGCGGCAGGAGGGAGGAAGUGGUGGAGGAUGGAGAAAGGGAGCACCAGAGCGUGUCCAGCAGCGAGUCCUCCAGCAGCACCUUGCCUAGGAAAACAGUGGAACCAUUUCACCUACCCAAGUUCCCAAAGGAGGCGGUCUUCAUGGGUAACGGAGAGCAGUACAUUUGGAAACCACCAGAAGAGGAAGAGAUGAUCAUGCCAGUGGUCCCUCAGCUGGAGAACGGACACAGCCAUCCCACCGCCGUCGAGAUCUCUGACAUCUCAGAGCUGUGA